GGCUGGGCCACGUUGGCGGGAUGCUUCGGGGAUGAGGAAUGUGAAUUCCUACGCAAAGGUGUGUUCGCAACAGGGAGUGAAAGGCAGUUGUGUGAGAAGGAAUGGACGCUUGAGGCGGUGUCUAUUUAAAUAACUUCCUUUGUUAAUGUUUAUCCGGGAUAGAAGGCGGAAACGUCUCAGGUUUUGUGAACUUGCUGCAUUGGGCGUGGGUUCUUUGACUCAAAAAUAAUCUGAUUGAGCAAGCUGUCGCCCAGCCCCGAGUAGCAGCCGGGACUUCGCUCGGAGACAUGGAGGAUGCAAACAGGUGCAGGACCUGAACUUUGACUAACAGCUUUAAAACUCUGGCGGCGAAGUCUGGGGUCUCACUAUGUCGCUUACACUGUUCCUGAAAAAGAUUUAUAACCUGGGCGGCAGAUAUGACAGACUCGUUUCGAUCACGUUCAGAGGUUAUACAUACUCUGCUCGAAGACCACAAUGUGAAUACGAGGCUAUAAUCAAUGAGGAGUUCACCUGGCCUCAUUAUGGAAAAGACAUUGCGGAAGAGAUGCUGGAGAUCAAAGUGUACAACCACAGCAAGGUCUUCAGUAAUAGGCUGUUGGGUUACAUGCGGAUUAGUCUUCAACAGGUGACUAAAACUGGUCGAUUGAUUCUCAGGGAAGCUCUAGUUGACAAGAACAAUUCUCUGACAGAUAUAUUGGUAGAUUUGGAGAUCCGAUACCAGCCAGUUGAAGGAGCUGUCGGAACAUGGACAGAAAAUGACUACGUGAUUAAUAUGAAUGAAGGGUCAGUGAUUGCCUUGACAUUCAAAAAUAAGUAUGUUGAAGAAAGCAGCACUGAUCUGGAAAAAGCUGAACAGCUGGACAAAAAGACGAGAUCUCUUGGGCGAAAGUUAGUGAAUGAUAAUGAUGAUGAUGGUGAAGAUGAAGACGAUGUUGAUAUUUCUGAAAUUGAUAUCAGUUCCAUAUCUUUUACACCACAGAAAAGCCGUUCUAGAUUUUUCACCAAGGCAGAUCUGCACACACCCGUAAUACAGAAUUUUCAGAUUGCAGUUACCAUUACUGAGGCACGAAAAUUAAUCGGUGUCAACAUCGAUCCUGUAGUUUAUGUGAAAGUGGGAGAUGAGAAAAAACAUACAGCUACACAGAAGUCCACCAAUUGCCCAUUUUAUAAUGAGUAUUUUGUCUUCGAGUUUCAAGAGCCUGCAGCUGUCUUGUUUGAUAAGAUAAUUGAAAUUAUUGUUGUUCAUGCAAAAAAGAUCCCAUUCACUGGAGUUCAACUGGGAUUGUUUAGGAUUGAUGCAGGAACUGUUCAUCAGCAGACUGAUCAUGGUUUUUAUCAGAAAUGGGCAAUUCUGACUGACCCUAAAGACACAAAAAGUGGCAUUAAAGGCUUUGUGAAGUGCACAAUCACAGUAUUUGGGAAAGGAGAUUCCCAGGGAGGUGUGCCUGGUGAUGAUGCCAAAGCGGAUGCAGAUGUAGAAAAGAAUCUUCUGCUUCCAAAGCAAGUGCCACUUGAGAGACCCUGGGCUAAAUUCUACAUCAGGUUGUAUAAGGCAGAAGAUCUCCCCAGCAUGAACUCGGGAUUUAUGGGGAGUAUUUCAAAAAUCCUUGGAGAACAGAAAGUUUUCAUUGAUCCUUACAUCCAAGUCACCUUUGCAGGACAGCAGGGAGAAACAUCAGUGGAAAGCAACUCGACGAAUCCAGAAUGGAAUGAACAGAUCACUUUUGUUGAGAUGUUUCCCCCACUUGCUCGACGUAUCAAAAUUCAAGUCAUUGAUGAUGCUAACUUCAAUGGUGUUGCCAUAGCAACUCAUUUCAUCGAUUUGCAACAAAUAUCGGAUCCCAGGAUAAAUGCUGGUUUCUACCCAACCUUUGGCCCAGCAUGGGUUUACCUCUAUGGCUCUCCCCAGAAUUCUGCACUCAGGGAUGCCUACAAGGAUCUAAAUGAGGGCCUAGGAGAAGGGAUAUUUUACCGAGGGCGAAUACUUAUGGCAGUCUCAGUAGAUAUUUACAGCUCCAUUGCAGCUAUUCAAAGUGACAAAGGGAAAAAAUCAAAGAGCAUGUUCAAAUUUAAAAAAAAGAGCAAAAAAUCCAAAUCUAAGUCCAAGGCAAAAGAAGAGAGUCAUAGUCAAACUGAAGGUGAAGAAGGCGCAAAUUCCCUGGAACAGCCAAGUGCAAUGGAAGUGAGCAUUGAUAGCAUUCACCCUCUGCCAGAAUCUGCUGCAGGUGAAAAAGAGGAAUUUCUUCUUUUUGCUGGAUUUUUUGAGGCAACCAUGAUUGAUCCAUCAGUCCAGUCACGGCUUCUCACCUUUGAAGUGUCCAUAGGAAACCAUGGCAAAUUGGUAGAAGUUGUCGCAAAAAAGAAAAAAGAGAAAGUGGAAGAAACUGAAGAGAAGAAAUCUUUACUGGAUUCAAGAGAUUCUGAAGAUGAAUUGGAAAAUAAUGAACUUUGCUUAUCUCCAAAAGAUAACUCAAUUACACCACCCAGAAAGGCUGAAAACACAGAGUUUGACAGGUCAUAUUGUUGUAUUCCAUACCUCUAUGAGAAACCGUGUGUGUAUAUCUGGAGUUCUUGGGAAGACUAUUCUUGGCGCUUGUGUAGCUCCAAUGUACUUGCAAAGAUAGCAGAGAGGCUGGAAGAUGGGCUUGACAAAUUGCAUCACAUGGCAAGGAAACCAAAGUCUGACCAAGAUUGUUUCCUCUGUGACGUAUUGAAUGAGUUUGUUGCAGGCUGCAGACAAUAUCACAUUUAUGCUGAAAAGAAAACCAUGAAUCGGCCCAAUUCACUGGACAGAUGUCGAAUUAAAACCUUGAAGUGUAAUGUUAUUAAUCAUGCAAAACAGGCACUAAAAAUUAUGAAAGAGAAGGAGAAAAAUUUAAUGAAGAAGCUGAAUAAAUUACAGCAACUAGUGGAGAAAUUCAAAAUGCAAGUGGAAGAGCCUCAAACACCUAUUCCGGACAUCUUUAUCUGGAUGCUGAGCAACGGGAAGCGUGUGGCAGUUGCUCGUGUCCCUGCACGACAGAUUCUCUAUUCAGUUGUGGAAGAAGAAAAUGGAAAAGACUGUGGGAAAAUUCAAUCCAUCAUUAUGAAGGCACCAGGUGCGCCUAUUGGGGAGAUUUUUGCUAAACUGGAGAUUUACAUGUGGUUGGGAGUCACAAAAUCAACUAAAAGCAUCAUGAACCGUCUGCCCAAGGAAUAUUUACCAGUCUAUGAUGAAGAGGCAAGAAAAGAGAGCCCACGGAUGCUGCCACCUCUCAAGCUCAACAGUGACUACAACAGUUAUUUCCAGCUGCGCGCUCACAUGUACCAAGCCCGAGGAUUGCUUGCAGCUGACCAGACUGGAUUAUCAGAUCCCUUUGCAAGAGUUGUGUUUUCAACUCAGUGUCAAUCAACCAGAUACAUGGAAGAAACUUUGUCUCCAAUGUGGUGUGAGAUGUUGUUGUUUGAUCAGAUACUCAUUGAAGGAAGUAAAGAUGAACUGAAGGAUGAUCCACCCAUAAUCAUCAUCAAUAUCUUCGACUUUAACAGCUUUGGCAGCCCUGAAUUCCUUGGACGAGCUUUUGCAGUUCCCCAGAUUAAACUGCAGGAAGAAAAAUAUGAGAAACCAACCUUAGAAUUUCAUGACAUUUACAAAGGCAAAACAAGGGGUGGUGAACUGCUGGCAGCUUUUGAACUGAUCGAACUCGAUUACAGUGGAUAUGGAGAGCCUUCUCUGCCAGAAGAUGUGGAAUCCAGGAAUCCAGAAUUUCUUGAUGUACAGGAAAAACAUUUCAUUAUUCCUGUGACAAUCCGGCCAACACUCAAGAAGUUCAGAAUUGAGGUUCUGUUCUGGGGACUCCGAGACCUUAAACGUAUAAACCUUUUUGAGGUGGAACAGCCCCAAGUGACGAUGGAAUGUGGUGGACAGAAAGUAGAGUCUGAAGUCAUUGCAAAUUACAAGGAGAAUCCAAACUUCACUGAACUUAUAAAAUAUUUUGAAGUGGAUCUGCCAGAGGAUAUGAACCUUCACCCACCACUGAGCAUUGUUGUAUUGGAGCAGCGAGCAUUUGGGCGCACAGUCCUUGUGGGCAGCUACACUGUCACAAGCCUACAGCAGUUUUCCCUGGUGGAAUUGGAGGAGAAUCCAAACCCUAAAGAAACUGCAGCUAAAAGCAAAAGACAAGCAAGUAUCCUUCCACAGCAGACAGCACCCUCGCAAACUUAUGUAAACAUUGAAAUAGAUGCAUCAACUAACGAAAUAAAGAAGGGACCCUUGUCGGCUCUGACGAGACCAAUAAAGAAACUGGCACCAAAAUCAAAAUCAGAAGGUGAGCAUGAAGAAUUUGAGGAAAAGAUUGACCUGGAGGAACUGGAUUGGUGGUCAAAGUACUAUGCAUCUUUGGAGGAGAUGAAGAACAAAGAAAAUAAUGAAGAAGAAGAGGAAGAAGUUGCUGUUUUGGAAACUGAGACAACAAACCCAUCAGCAAGUUAUGUGGAUCUUAAUAUAUCCAGAGAACAACAGGAUACGAACACGAGAACACGAAGCAAGAAAACCAUUGCAACCUUUCAGAUUUACAGCACAGAGCUGGAGAAGGAAUACAACAAUUUUCAAGACUGGCUUUAUAUCUUCCCUCUAUACCGGGGGAAAGCCAAUGAAGAUGAGUUUGAAGAUAAUGUUGACGAUCGAGUUAUGGGCAAAUGCAAGGGAUCCCUCCUAAUCUACCCAAGUGAUGAAGUGGAAUCUGGUUUUAAGAUACUAAAAGGAAAACCAACUAACAGACCAGUCAAAGUUCUUGUCAGGGUUUACAUUGUGAAAGCAACUAAUCUUGCUCCUAGUGACCCGAAUGGGAAAUCUGAUCCUUAUAUUGUGGUUAAAAUUGGUGAACAAAUGCAAGACAGCAUGGAACGGUAUAUCCCCAAACAGCUCAACCCAGUCUUUGGAGAAGUUUUUGAAAUGACUGUUGCAUUUCCGGUGGAAACAGAGCUCACUGUUUCAAUAUUUGAUCAUGAUAUGGUUGGAAAGGAUGACCUGAUUGGAGAAACAAAGUUGGAUUUGGAGAAUCGGUAUUACAGUAGACACCGGGCACAGUGUGGAUUAUCAACACAGUAUGACAUUGGAGGUUACAAUGCUUGGCGUGACUGUCUGAAACCAACUCAGAUAUUAACAAAACUCUGCAAAGAUUUACAAUUGCCAGAGCCUGAAUACAGACCGGAAGAAGUGAAAGUCAGCAACAAAAUAUUCAAGAUUCCCAUAGAUUUGGUCCCAAUAGGGGAGAUCAAGAAAGGGGAGCAACCUGAGCUGUCUAAUGAUCAGAAGGCUUUGUAUGUGUUAAAUCAUUGGGAAGAUAUGCCGGAACAUUCUUUUAAAAUGGUGCCUGAGCACAUAGAAAUCCGGAAUCUCCAGAAAUCCGACAAUCCAGGAAUGACACAGGGCAAAGUCCACAUGUGGGUUGAUAUGUUCCCUGUUGAUUUACCGGCACCUCCACCAGUCAAUAUAAAACCUCGCCAGCCAAUCAGCUACGAGAUGAGAGUGAUUAUCUGGAACACAGAUGAUGUGCCACUUGAUGAUGUGAAUCCACUGACAGGAGUCCGAUCCAGUGAUAUCUACAUCAAAGGCUGGUUGAAAGGUUUGGAAAAUGAUAAACAAGAGACUGAUGUCCACUUUAACUCUCUGACUGGUGAAGGAAAUUUCAACUGGCGGUUUGUUUUUCGCUUUGACUAUUUGCCAACGGAGAAAGAAAUUAUUUAUAAGAAGAAAGAAUCAAUUUUUUCCUUGGAGGAAUCAGAGUUUCGGCAGCCUGCUGUACUCAUGCUGCAGCUCUGGGAUUAUGAUCUGAUUUCUGCAAAUGAUUUUCUUGGCUCGGUUGAACUGAAGCUAAAUGAUUUGGUCCGACCAGCAAAGACAGCUGACCAAUGUACCAUCAAGAUGGCAAAAGAGAAAGCAGGUCCUCGUGCCUCCAUCAUAAAGGGAAAGAGGAUGAAGGGAUGGUGGCCCAUGAUCAAAGUGAAAGAAGCAGAAGAUGAGGAAGAAGAAGAUGAUGAAAGCAAGAAAAAGAAGAAAAAAAAGAAAAAGAAGAAAGUGAAAAUUGAGGAUGUUGAGUUUACUGACAGCUCUGGCAACACGUACAUUCUUAGGGGUAAAGUUGAGGCUGAGUUGCACUUGCUCACUGUGGAAGAAGCAGAAAAAUCCCCUGUGGGUCUUGGACGGAAAGAGCCAGAACCACUAGACAAACCCAACCGACCCAACACAUCCUUUAACUGGUUCAUCAACCCACUGAAGUCAUUUGUAUACUUCAUAUGGAAAAAUUACAAGUGGUACAUUAUUGGUUUGCUGGUCAUUGCCAUUCUGGCCAUCUUUAUCUUCUUAAUCCUUUACACCAUGCCUCAGUUCAUCAGUGAGAAGAUUAUCAAUGGAUAGUCUAUGUCCAACUGCAACAAUUCGACAGCACAGUGGUACUGAAGCUGCAGGGCAGCAAUCGGAUAAUUUGGCAACACUUCAUUCACACACUCCCAGAGAGGCAGUUAAACCAAAGUUUUCCAGCUUACGGCAUUUGAUAGUUAAAAUGGAUAGAAGCAAGUAAUUGAAAUAUGCAGCAACAGAACACAAUGGAGUGCUCUAAAACUGACUAAUCACUGCUUGAGUGGAUCAUUAUUUGUACAUGUUCCAAUAUCAAAUAGCAGCAAAGAUCCUUUAUUUCAGUAAAUGUCAAAAAUUCUGAACUCUAGUCCUUAAUGAAUUAGAAUGAUGUAUUAAUAUAUUUUAGUUAAAAUGUAUCUGUAAUUCAACAUAAAAGUUGAGUAGAAACAAAUCAACUAUCUUCUCAUGCCUCACCUGUAACCUAGUUCUGAUAUGACAAUUAAGUAUUUGAAUAAUUAUGUAUUUCUAAGCUUUAUUGCUAUCCAAAUUGUGUAAGGUAUGUGCGAGUUAAUGAAAUAAAGAUCUUCAAUCAUGUGUAUGUCUUUCAACUUACAAAAUGGUACUACACAUUCCGAACAUGCUGGAGGCCCAAUCAGCAUUGGGAGCAGAACACUGCAAAAUAAGUAAGAGUACAGAAGGGACAAGUGGGCUGGCCUUGUUGUGAGCAGGCCAGUGGAGAGAGUAUGAGUGUUAAUGGCCUCAAUAGGCUUCAACAAGAAGAGGCUGAGGCCAAGGAAACAGGUUAGAAGGGUUAGUUUUUCCUUUAGUUAUUGCUGAUU